CAACUCAUCUCAAUAUUGAUUGAUGUUUUCCCAGAGAUUUGUUGUACUUGUUAUUGUUUUCGCCUUAUUCGCAGAAAUCUAAAUACUAAUCUUAAUCUUUCCCCAUUCCGGCUACAUUCUAUAGCCAUGAAGUUAAUGAACAUAGCAGAAGUUAAUAAAGCUUAAGUUUCGUUUUUAUUUUGGUAAUUAUUUAAACCUUAAAUGUCCGUGUCUUUGUGCGUUUUGAGUAUAGAAAUAGACGAGGACCUUCCCGACAUGGGCGACAGUCCUGCUGAAAUCGAGGCUGCCAAAGAGCAGAAGAAGAAGGACCGUGGUGCGCGGGAGUCCAAAACCAUCACAGUUGAAACAUAUGCCAGUGUCUUGCUUGGUCCUAAUCCAGAUAUUGGUAUACUACCAACCAGCUCCCGUCGGUCGCCCCCAAAAGACAGCAUCAUACCAGAAGAUGAUGACACCAUCAGCUUCUUCUGCGGCAACCCUCUGGUUGAGGUCACUAAGGGGGUGCUGCACUUGUACAAGGAAAACGAGCUGAAGGAAGCUCCCGAGGCCAAGAUGCUGUGCCUCCUGUCCGUGCCGGGGUCGCUCGGCGCCAGCGACCUGCUGGCGUUCGCGGCGGCCUGUCAGCAGGACAUCGCGCACGUGCGCGUGCUGCGCGACGGCUCGCCCGACCACUACAUGGCAUUACUUACGUUCCGCAGCAACGAAGCGGCCCGCGAAUUCCACAGCGCGUUCGACGGCGUCCCGUACAGCAGCCUGGAGCCCGCGGCGCUGUGCCGCGCGGCCUGGGUGGCGCGCGUGGCCAGCGCGCGCAGCGGGGCGCCGCCCCCCGCGCACACCGAGCUGCCCACCUGCCCCGUGUGCCUCGAGCGUAUGGACGAAAGCGUAGCCGGCGUGUUAAGCGUGCAGUGCGCGCACGCCUUCCACGCGGACUGCCUGGUGAGAUGGCGAGAUGCUUCCUGCCCUGUCUGCCGCUGCGCGCAGACCCCCGAGCCCAGAGGGCACGCCACGUGUGCCAUGUGCGAGGAGGAACAGGACUCUUCUGCUUUAGAAGAGGGUCUAGAGGAGGGUCGCGAGCACAGCGGUAUUUUCGAAGGGCAGCCCGACGGCGAAGGCGGUUCGCUGUGGAUCUGUCUUAUCUGUGGAAACGUAGGCUGUGGAAGGUACGAAAACGGGCACGCAGCGAAACACUUCUUGACGUCGAACCACACGUACGCGCUGCAACUGGGCUCGAACAGGGUGUGGGACUACGCUGGCGACAAUUUCGUCCACCGCCUAGUCCAAAAUAAGGCUGACGGCAAACUCGUCGCGUCCGACACCGGCGAGGCCUGCGGCGGAGACAAGUUCGACUCCGCUCAGCUGGAGUUCACACACAUACUCACACAACAACUGGACAGCCAACGGCAGUAUUACGAGGGACGGAUACAGGAAUUAGAAGCAGCACAUUCAUCUGAGACGGCGGCGCUGCGAGCUCGCGCCACGGCGGCCGAGGCGGACGCCGCCGCGGUGCGCGAGCAGCUCGCCACGUUAGACAAGGACAACAAGGCGCUGGAGAGGAAACUGCACCAGGUCACCGCCAAAGUGACGUCACUGCAGAGCUCUCUGGCCGAAGAGCGAGGUUUGGCGGCGGCCAUGGCCGCCAACCAGGCCGAGUGGCAAUCUAGAGCGCAAGCUAGGGAGGAGGAGUUCCAAACACAGGUGAGUGAACUGAAAGAGCAGCUCCGCGACGUGAUGUUCUUCGUGGAGGCCCGGGGGCAGCUCGAGCGCACAGAGACCGCCAGCCGGGACGAGAUCGCCGAGGCCAGCGUCAGCGUGGCGCCCGCCGCCAAGCCUAGGCGGAAGCGCCGAUAGCGGCCAAAUACUUAGCAUCCGCGGCGAUACUUCUUUUUUAAUUAUGACGGUUGCCGCUGAGGCGUUUUUCAACCGUUAACUCUGAUGUAAAUAAAAUAAAUGAGUCUAUUUUGUUAUUUUUGAUU